AUGGCUAUCCAUGAGGCCGAUUUCCCGGCCAUCCGCGCCUGCAUUUUCGACAUGGACGGGCUUCUCAUCAACUCCGAAGACAUAAUAACUCAAUCCACGAACCAACUUCUGGAGAAGUACAAGAGACCCCCCUUUAACCGUUCGAUUCGAGCCCAGCUCAUGGGUAUCCCAGACUCGACCAAUAGCGACACGUUCCACAAUUGGGCCAAAUUGCCUAUCUCCCGCGAACAAUUCGCGCGUGAGUCGACUGAAAACAUGCGACGACAUUACCCGAUUUGCAAGCCGCUUCCUGGGGCGGAGAAGAUCCUGUCGACCCUCACCCAGGCACGUAGUGCUUCUUCGGGGGACAGAAUCGAGUUAGCAUUGGCAUCUAGCACCAAAAGCCGCAGCUACGAAUUGAAGACCUCCAGGCCGGAAACGAAACGCUUGCUUGGCUUCUUUCCGCCUGACAGGCGGGUCUUGGGUGAUGAUCCGCGGGUACGACCGGGGCGAGGGAAGCCAGCACCGGAUAUAUAUCUCGUGGCGCUGCAAUUGUUAAAUUCAGCGGCAGCGGCCUGUGGCGCAAAGCCUAUCUUGCCUCAUGAAUGUGUGGUGUUCGAAGAUAGCGUGAUUGGAGUAGAGGCCGGAAGACGGGCUGGGAUGAGAGUUGUUUGGGUACCGCAUCCAGAUGUUGCGGCCGAGUACCAAGCAAGGCAGAAAGAAGUCCUGGCUGGGAGGAUGGACAUAAUCGAGAUCGGAGAGGAAGGGCAACUCGGGGAACUGGAUGACGGCUGGGCCGAGAGUAUACCGAGUUUGGAACACUUCGAUUAUGGGAAGUACGGCAUCGAUACACCACCGUGA